AUGUACAAAGGAAAUCGUCCAUAUUCAGGGUUCUGCUAUAAGGAGCAAGAAGUCGCUGUUAAAUUAAAGCUACUAAAUCGUCAUAAAAUAUUAGCCUUGCAUGGCAUGCCUGGUUGCGGUAAAACGACGGUGGCGAUCAGCGUACUCCGGACCAACCCUGACCUUGUUGAAAAAAAGGAGCAAGAAGUCGCUGUUAAAUUAAAGCUACUAAAUCGUCAUAAAAUAUUAGCCUUGCAUGGCAUGCCUGGUUGCGGUAAAACGACGGUGGCGAUCAGCGUACUCCGGACCAACCCUGACCUGAUUACGAACAAUUUCAAUGGCGUGGUGUUCUGGCUCAACUUCGGCAAUUGUAAAACUGAAGAUGAUAUCACUGCAAUGCAAAACAAGUAA